AUGGCCCUCUCCCGCCGCCUCCUCCCGCUCUUCCUCCGCCGCGGCGCCCCCGUCCCCGCCCGCGCUCUCUCCACGGCCGCCGCACCUGCGGCGGUGGCCUCGGAGGAUGACGAGGAGGCCAUCACCGUCAAGGGCGUGCGCAUCUCGGGCCGCCCUCUGUACAUGGACAUGCAGGCGACGACGCCCGUCGACCCGCGCGUCCUCGACGCCAUGCUCCCCUUCUACCUCUCCCGCUACGGGAACCCUCACUCCCGUACCCACCUCUACGGCUGGGAGUCCGACGCCGCCGUCGAGGACGCCCGCGCCCGCGUCGCCUCCCUCGUCGGCGCCGACCCGCGCGAGAUCUUCUUCACCUCGGGCGCCACCGAGUGCAACAACAUCGCCGUCAAGGGCGUCAUGCGCUUCUACCGCGAGCGCCGCCGCCACGUCAUCACCACGCAGACCGAGCACAAGUGCGUGCUCGACUCCUGCAGGUACCUGCAGCAGGAGGGAUUCGACGUCACCUACCUCCCCGUGCGCAAGGACGGGCUCGUCGACCUCGCGCAGCUCGAGGACGCCAUCCGCCCGGACACCGGGCUGGUGUCCGUCAUGGCCGUCAACAACGAGAUCGGCGUCAUCCAGCCCCUCGAGGAGAUUGGGCGCAUCUGCAAGGAGAAAGGCGUGCCGUUCCACACUGAUGCUGCUCAGGCGCUGGGGAAGAUCCCGAUUGAUGUCAACAGGAUGGGGAUUGGGCUCAUGUCCCUGUCCGGCCACAAGAUUUACGGGCCCAAGGGCGUGGGGGCCCUCUACCUUCGCCGCCGCCCGCGCAUCAGGGUGGAACCGCAGAUGAACGGUGGUGGGCAGGAGCGUGGCAUCCGCAGUGGGACUGUGCCCACGCCGCUUGUUGUUGGAUUUGGGGCUGCCUGUGAGAUUGCUGCUCAAGAGAUGGAUUAUGACCACAGGCGUGUCAGUGCUCUGCAGCAGAGGCUGCUUGAUGGCAUGCGUGCGCAGGUCGAUGAUAUUGUCAUCAAUGGAAGCAUGGAGCACCGUUACCCAGGCAACCUCAAUUUGUCAUUUGCGUAUGUCGAAGGGGAGAGCUUACUGAUGGGUCUGAAGGAGGUGGCUGUGUCAAGUGGUAGUGCCUGCACUAGUGCCAGCUUGGAGCCCUCAUAUGUGCUGCGGGCACUUGGAGUGGAGGAGGAUAUGGCGCACACUUCUAUUCGUUUUGGCAUCGGUCGGUUUACCACUGAGGAAGAGGUGGACAGAGCAAUUGAGCUUACUGUGCAUCAGGUGAAGAAGCUCCGUGACAUGAGCCCACUCUAUGAGAUGGCCAAGGCUGGCAUUGACCUCAAGAGCAUCGAGUGGUCACAACACUGA